UAGUGUUCGAAUGUCAAAUAAUUUACUAGUGUUAAUGUGGUUGGUAUUAAGUAGAGCUGUGUCCAAAUUGUAUUGAUCGAUUUUUUUGGUUUUAAUUAUAACAUAUUAUUUUCUACAUACACAGAUUUGUUAUUGAUGUCUAUACAUAGUGGUUCUAGCUAGUGCUAUGGUUGGAUCCCGAACAUGGUUUGGUGGAAUUCUCUAUCGUUCAGGUCUUAGGCGUCAUGGAAAUGAAAAGUUUCUUGAAUUUCAAUUAACAUCUUUCCAGGAACAAAGGUUACAAAGGUUGCGAGACAGAUGUCAAGUUUCUUUUGAUGAAACUCGCUCUGAUCAUCAAGAAUCGCUAAAAGCAUUGUGGUAUGCUGCCUUUCCAAAUGACCGUCUUACCGGUUUGGUUUCAGAACAAUGGAAAGAUAUGGGUUGGCAAGGCUCAAAUCCAUCAACAGAUUUUAGGGGUUGUGGCUUCAUAUCACUGGAGAAUUUGCUCUUUUUUGCCCGAACAUACCCAGUCUCUUUUCACAAGCUAUUGCACAAGCAAGAUGGCAAGAGAGCAAUGUGGGAAUAUCCCUUUGCUGUGGCUGGGAUUAAUGUGACUUAUAUGCUUAUUCAGAUGUUGGAUCUAUUCUCAGAUAAACCAAGAUGCAUUUCAGGAGUGAAUUUUGUUAAGAUGCUUGGAGAAGAUGAAGAGGCCUUUGAUGUUCUAUUUUGUAUUGCUUUUGAAAUGAUGGACGGCCAAUGGCUUGCUAUGAAUGCCUCGUACAUGCAAUUCAAUGAUGUUUUACAAGCAACACGAACACAACUGGAGAGAGAGUUGUCUUUGGAUGAUAUGCAAAGAGUACAAGAUCUUCCAGCUUACAAUCUCCUAUACAAAUAAUCACUUAUAAAUUUUUAAAUUUGGAUCUCUUUUUGACUAGGGUGGUGUCGAAAAUUAUUUAUGACAUAAAAAUGAAUGGGAAAUCGACCUGUUCUAGUCGGAAAGCAAUGUGUGAUUGUGUUGUAUGGCAUGCUGAUAAAGCUAAGUUCACCGGGGAUGUUUUUUCAAGAUACAUUCACUACGUGACUACUCCAAUUCCUUUCGUUGAGAAACCACGUCACGUAUCACCUUUGAUCGGUCAUAAUGUAGGGUAGACCAAGUUGUAUAUAUUGUUCUGUACAAAUGAUUACUCUUAGAUUUUCUUACAUUCAUUGUAGCAAUUGUUAAUCCAAAAAAUCUUUAGAAUAAAAG